AUGAGCUAUCCAAGAGACUAUUCAAAUCUCUAUCUAGACGUGAACCAAUAUGGCUCCAGGAACCCUUAUCCAAGCUCUUCUAUACCUCAAUACAGUUACUCAACUCGCAACUCCAGCUAUCCUUAUACUGAUUCCCAUAAUAACUUUUACCCAUCUAGAUAUCCAACUUACGAGCCUUACAAACCAAUUUUUGAGGACAAGCAAGACUAUCAUUCCAGAAUUGAGCGAAAUAUUGACCAGCAAAUAGAAGAAAAAGAAACAAGACUCAAAAAAUUCAGCAGCACUGAAACAUCUUUUUCGAAAUCCAAUUAUGCCGAUAACCCCAACUUUCAGUCGUCUAGAAAUAAUUUUCAGGCUGAAUCUCUAUCAGACUCAAAACAAGAAUCUUCAUCAAAACUGUCAAGAAGCAAUUCUUCUAAAAAAUACGAUCAUAUGAGAAAUCCUUACUCGAAAUAUAACACAAUCAGUCCAUAUGCAAAAACAACCUUUGCCUAUAGGAUGAGGACAAUUGAUAAUCAGCCUUAUACUUUUUCUGAAGAAGAGCCGGUAGCUAGAAAAAAAGAAAAAAAGGUUGUAAAAACUAGCCAAAAAAAUAAAGUUAUCAAAAAAUUGGUAGGAAUUAUUGAGGACCAUGCCGAAAUUUGCCCACAAUUAAAAUAUAAGCUUGAUGCAUUAAGGGAAGAGUUCCCGUUUAUUUAA